GAACCACCAGAGUAGAGUGAGUUAAAUACCAGCAGCUCAAGGCUGAAAAGAAACUCUUUGAAGCAAAAUGCCAAGAGGGAGGAUAAGGUCAAAGCUCCGCCGGAGCAAUCUAUACACAUUUGCAUGCAUCCGGCCACGAGCAGCGGAGGAGGUGGGCCCACACCGACUAGGCCCGGGGUUCUCCCGGGUAGUGCAUUGCAACCAGCCCUAUCUACAUGAUGUGAAGCCCCUCAAAUACUGCACGAAUGUCAUCUCAACCACAAAGUACAGCAUGUUCACCUUCUUGCCCAAGGCCAUGUUUGAGCAGUUCAGGCGUGUUGCCAAUGUCUACUUCCUCCUCGCCGCAAUGCUGUCACUGACGCCGGUUUCACCCUUUUCUGCUGUCAGUGUGAUAGCCCCUCUGGUGUUUGUUGUCGGGCUGAGUAUGGCCAAGGAGGCUUUGGAAGACAUGAAUAGGUUCAUCCAGGACACGAAGGUCAAUUUACGUAAAGCCACUGUCCACAAAAGGGAUAGUGGGUCUUUUGGUCAUAGGCCGUGGAGAAAUCUUCGGGUUGGAGACAUUGUCAAGGUGGAAAAGGACGGUUUUUUCCCUGCAGACUUGCUCCUCCUGUCAUCUAGUUAUGAAGACGGAAUCUGUUACGUGGAGACGAUGAACUUAGAUGGUGAGACAAACCUCAAGGUAAAAAGAGCUUUGGAGGUAACUUUACCCUUGGAAGAUGAUGAGUCUUUCAAAGGCUUCAGAGCAGUGAUAAAAUGUGAAGACCCCAACCCAAAUCUCUACACUUUUGUAGGCAAUCUUGAAUACCAAAGACAAGUAUACCCUCUAGACCCUAGUCAGAUCCUGCUCAGAGACUCAAAGCUCAGGAACACAGCUUACGUUUACGGAGUGGUGAUCUUCACUGGUGAAGACAGCAAAGUCAUGCAGAAUUCAACAAAAUCGCCUUCAAAAAGGAGUCAGAUCGAGCGACAAAUGGACAAAAUCAUCUACGUCCUCUUCACCCUCCUCGUCUUGAUCUCCCUGAUCAGCUCUAUCGGCUUUGCAGUAAAGACCAGGUUCGAGCUGCCUUAUUGGUGGUAUCUUGAGCCCCAUGACAAAAACAACAUCCUUUAUAACCCAAACAAACCAGAGCUGUCCGGGAUUUUCCACCUUGUCACUGCUCUGUUGUUGUACGGUUACUUGAUACCCAUAUCCCUCUAUGUCUCCAUUGAAGUUGUGAAGGUCCUUCAAGCUAUGUUCAUAAACCAGGAUGUCCACAUGUAUGACGAAGAGUCCGGGACUCCUGCCGAGGCGAGAACGUCAAAUCUGAACGAGGAACUGGGCCAGGUGGACACAAUUCUUUCGGACAAAACAGGGACUCUGACGUGUAACCAGAUGGACUUCUUGAAAUGCUCCAUUGCUGGGACUGCUUAUGGGAAGCGCGCCAGCGAUGUGGAGCUUGCUGCCGCUAAGCAGAUGGCGGCCAUGGAAGAGGGUGGGGGUGAUGAUGAAGACGAUGUCGAGAGCACACCUCGUGCGGGGUCGGAUAUAGAGCUGGAGACGGUGAUAACGUGCAGAGACGGUGAGGAUGGAGGCGAGGGCAGGCGGCCAUGUGUAAAGGGGUUCAGCUUUGACGAUGGAAGGCUCAUGAAUGGGAACUGGUUGAAUGAACCGAACGCUGAUGUCAUCCUGCUGUUCUUCAGGAUACUGUCGAUCUGUCACACCGCUAUUCCAGAGAUGAAUGAGGAGACGGGGGUGUUCAACUAUGAGGCUGAGUCGCCGGACGAGGGCUCGUUCCUUGUGGCUGCCAGGGAAUUCGGGUUUGAGUUCUGUAAAAGAACUCAGUCCUCCAUUGUUGUUCGUGAGAGAUAUCCUUCUUUUCACCAGCCUGUCGAAAGGGAAGUCAAACUUCUGAAUCUGUUAGACUUCACGAGCAAGAGGAAGAGAAUGUCUGUCAUUAUUCGGGAUGAGAGCGGACAGAUUUUUCUCUUGUGCAAAGGAGCAGAUAGCAUCAUAUUUGAGAGGCUAGCGAAAAAUGGGAGAAUGUAUCUAGAAGCAACCACGAAGCAUUUGAAUGAUUACGGGGAAGCUGGGCUGCGCACACUUGCCCUCGCAUACAAGAAACUUGACGAGCCAGAGUAUUCUGCGUGGAAUGAGGAAUUCACCAAAGCAAAAACUUCAAUUGGCGGCGAUAGGGAAGCAAUGCUUGAAAGGGUAUCUGAUAUGAUGGAAAGGGAUCUGAUUCUUGUUGGUGCCACUGCCGUGGAGGAUAAACUGCAAAAAGGAGUUCCUCAAUGCAUCGACAAAUUGGCACAAGCUGGAUUGAAGAUUUGGGUUCUAACCGGUGAUAAAAUGGAGACUGCAAUUAAUAUAGGGUUUGCUUGUAGUUUGCUUCGACAGGGCAUGAAGCAAAUUUGUAUUUCAUCAGCAAACACAGAUGCAACCGAAAAGGAAUCCAAAGGGGUUGUUAAGGAGAAUAUUUUGUUGCAAAUGACAAAUGCUUCCCAAAUGGUCAAGCUUGAAAUGGACCCACACGCCGCAUUUGCAUUGAUCAUUGACGGGAAAACUCUAACUUAUGCCCUGGAAAAUGAUAUGAAGCACCAUUUUUUGAACUUAGCAGUUGAGUGUGCGUCUGUUAUUUGCUGCCGUGUCUCUCCAAAGCAGAAGGCCCUUGUGACAAGGUUAGUAAAGGAGGGUACGGGAAAAACAACCUUAGCUAUCGGUGACGGUGCAAAUGAUGUUGGAAUGAUUCAGGAAGCUGACAUUGGUGUUGGAAUCAGUGGGGCUGAAGGAAUGCAGGCGGUGAUGUCCAGUGACUUCGCUAUUGCACAAUUUUCAUUUUUGGAGAGGCUUCUUGUUGUACACGGUCACUGGUGCUACAAACGGAUUGCUCAGAUGAUAUGUUACUUCUUCUACAAAAACAUUGCAUUUGGCCUCACGCUCUUCUACUUUGAAGCAUUCACCGGUUUCUCAGGGCAGUCGAUAUACCAUGACUGGUAUAUGCUACUGUUCAAUGUGGUUCUUACCUCCUUGCCUGUCAUUUCGCUCGGAGUCUUUGAGCAGGACGUGUCAUCUCAAGUCUGCUUACAGUUCCCAGCACUGUAUCAGCAAGGACCCAAAAACCUGUUCUUCGACUGGAACAGGAUAUUCGGGUGGAUGGGAAACGGUGUCUACACCUCCCUUGUAGUGUUCUUCCUCAACCUUGUCAUCUUCUACGACCAAGCCUUCCGAUCUGGAGGCCAGAUCGCGGACAUGACCGCUAUGGGGACUGCCAUGUUCACCAGCGUGAUCUGGGCGGUCAACUGCCAGGUUGCCCUAACAAUGAGCCACUUCACGUGGAUCCAACACGUCCUCAUUUGGGGCAGCAUAAUCUUUUGGUACAUCUUGCUCCUAGUCUACGGCGAAAUGUCCCCAACCAUUUCCAAAGAUGCUUACAAAAUCCUCUCUGAGGCCUUGGCCCCUGCCCCUGUAUACUGGUUCACCACCUUCCUGACAAGCAUCAUAUGCAACCUUCCAUACUUCGUCCACAUUGCGUACCAGAGGUCUUUCAACCCCAUGGACCAUCACAUCAUUCAAGAGAUCAAAUAUUACAGGAAAGAUGUUGAGGACCGGAACAUGUGGAGAAGAGAACGGUCGAAAGCAAGGUCAAAGACCAAGAUUGGGUUCACGGCCAGGGUGGACGCGAAGAUUCGGCAUUUGAAAGGGAAACUGCAGAAAAAGUAUUCCGUCGUGGGAUCACAGUUAGAAGCUCCGCGUAGUCAUACGUAACUAUAAUUCUUUGAUCAUUCUUUUUUUUCUUUGUUGUUGUAAGGGAGGGUUGAGCCACACCUGCAAAUCUUGUAAUCCAAUUGUAAAAUUUGUUUUUUUGAGAGUGUAUGGUGGGAUCAACUCCUGUAGUUCAUUCUUUGGCAGCUAAUCAUAUUGAAGAUAUUGUAUGUACAGUUCUUCUAUACAGAACAUCUUAUACAACAAGAAUACAACAUUGAGAAUUGAAGGUGGCCAAUUCCAAAAUAACAAAACAAGUGUGCACAU